AGUGGAGGUGGUUGUGGAUCUGGGGACUGUGCGAACCGCUGCUGCUGAGGCGGCGGCGGUGGCGACGAGGCGGUGGCGGCGCUGCCCGCCCCGGGCUGCUCGGCCUCUCAGCUCGGCUCCCAACCUCCCCUGAGCCCGCCGGGGCCUACGCCGGCCAGCGCCUGCCCUAUGAGUGUGUCACUGAUUGUCAUCCGAUUGGAGCUCGCGGAACACUCGCCCGUCCCGGUUGGCUUCGGCUUCAGCGCGGUCGUCGGGGAAAUGUCCGAUGAGGAGAUCAAAAAGAAGACACUUGCCUCAGCUGUAGCCUGUUUAGAAGGGAAGUCUCCAGGGGAUAAAGCAGCAAUCAUCCAUCAGCACCUUGGCCGAAGGGAAAUGACAGAUGUGAUUAUUGAGACCAUGAAGUCCAACCCAGAUACAAUGGAAGGAAAGGAGUCUUCAGAAGCGUCUCUCCCUGUGCAGAAAAAUAGAGAUCAGAAUAAAGAAUGCAUAAAUGUAGCUCCUGAAUCUCCAUCCAAACAGCUUCCAGACCAGAUCUCAUUCUUCAGUGGAAAUCCUUCAGUUGAAAUAGUUCACGGUAUAAUGCACCUAUACAAGACAAAUAAGAUGACCUCCUUAAAAGAAGAUGUGAGGCGCAGUGCCAUGCUGUGUAUUCUCACAGUCCCUGCUACAAUGACCAGUCAUGAUCUUAUGAAGUUUGUCGCCCCAUUUAAUGAAGUAAUUGAACAAAUGAAAAUCAUCAGAGACUCUACUCCAAAUCAAUAUAUGGUGCUGAUAAAGUUUAGUGCACAGGCCGAUGCGGACAGUUUUUAUAUGGCAUGCAAUGGCCGCCAGUUCAACUCCAUAGAAGAUGAUGUUUGCCAGCUGGUCUAUGUGGAAAGGGCUGAAGUGCUGAAGUCAGAAGACGGUGCCAGUCUCCCAGUGAUGGACCUGACGGAGCUCCCUAAGUGCACGGUGUGUCUGGAGCGCAUGGACGAGUCCGUGAAUGGCAUUCUCACCACACUGUGCAACCACAGCUUCCACAGCCAGUGUCUACAGCGCUGGGACGACACCACGUGUCCCGUCUGCCGAUACUGUCAAACACCAGAGCCAGUAGAAGAAAAUAAAUGUUUUGAGUGUGGUGUUCAGGAAAAUCUUUGGAUAUGUCUCAUAUGUGGCCACAUAGGAUGUGGACGGUAUGUGAGUCGACAUGCGUAUAAGCACUUUGAGGAGACACAGCACACCUAUGCAAUGCAGCUCACCAACCACCGAGUCUGGGACUAUGCUGGAGAUAAUUAUGUCCAUCGACUGGUUGCAAGUAAAACAGAUGGAAAAAUAGUACAGUAUGAAUGUGAGGGUGACACUUGCCAGGAAGAGAAAAUAGAUGCCUUACAGUUAGAGUAUUCAUAUUUACUAACAAGCCAACUGGAAUCUCAGCGAAUCUACUGGGAAAACAAGAUAGUUCGACUAGAAAAGGACACAGCAGAGGAAAUUAACAACAUGAAGACCAAAUUUAAAGAAACAAUUGAGAAGUGUGAUACUCUGGAACAUAGACUAAACGACCUCCUGAAAGAAAAGCAGUCUAUGGAAAGGAAGUGCACUCAGCUAAACACAAAAGUGGCCAAACUCACAACUGAGCUCCAGGAGGAGCAAGAAAUGAACAAAUGCUUGAGAGCCAACCAGGUCCUCCUGCAGAACAAGCUGAAGGAGGAGGAGAGGUUGUUGAAGGAGACGUGUGACCAGAAAGACCUGCAGAUCACUGAGAUCCAGGAGCAGCUGCGAGACGUCAUGUUCUACUUGGAGGCGCAGCAGCAGAUCAGCCACCUGCCUGCUGAGGCACGACAGGAGAUCCAGGAGGGACAGAUUAACAUCCCCAUGGCCUCAGCCUCCAGCCCCUCCUCUUCAGGGGGCAAUGGGAAAGUGCCAUCCCGGAAGGGCCGCAAUAAGAGGGGCAAGUGACCUGCUGAGAAAGAGUCCCUGAGACUGUCCUCCUGGCACUGCAAGCGUGUGCUGGGACCUUCAGCUGAAUGGGAGGGUGGCCCCUAAUAAGUACAAGUGAGGAUCAAGCCGCAGUGUUUGGCUCUUUCAUUUGCUAGUGUGUGGUAUAGUAAAAGUAGAGGCUGCUUUCAGGAGAGCUGAUGGCAUGGGCAAUGUUUUCAAAGGUGGUAAGAGUUCACUAACCUCAGACAUUCUAAUGACCAUUUUGCCUUCCUGCUUGGUAGAUGCCCCACUUCUGCUAUGCAUUUUUCUGUUGUGUUUAUUGAGUUGGAAUAUUUGACGUUCAGUUCUCAGUAAGUUUAGACAUGAAGUUUUUUUGUAACCUCAAAGGUAAUGUUACCUAGCAGUGAAGCACUAAACCUCCCAAAGGUGAUAGCUACUGCUUUAAAGGGAGGUUCCCAGUGGCUGCUGAGGAGCUAGGAAGGUUCCUUAGCAUCAGUGUCCUAUCAUUGCUAUCCCUCCCUUCCUCUGGGGACUUGAAGGGUUGCUUGAAUGUUGUAUGAAGAGAGGCUGGGUUGUAAACGAAGUACUGGCUUGUCAUCAGCAGCCAUCUCUUCUUCCUCUGGGGCAAGCCAGGAAAAACAAGCAGCCUGGGGCAGGUUGAGUAGACCCAGUGUUGGAAAAUAGUGGCGUUCCACUUUGUUUGUUUUUGCACCUCAAAUAAGAGAGGUUUAAUGGCUACUCCAGGAUUUAAAUCUGAGUGGAUUUCCUGGCAUCUAGCAAGAAUAAGCAAGGCACUUUAUCAGCCCUGUGAAAGUGUAGAGAGAGGCUUCUGACUAGCUAAUUCUGUAUUUUGCUAGGAUCAGUAUUUUCUGAAUGUUUACAAAAGAUCAGGCUGCAUGUUCAGGUUGCAGCUAGAGGGAGCUUGGGCAGAGUUUCAGUUAUGCCUUCAAGAUAUAACCAAAGGCUGUUUUAAAUCCUGAAAUUAGAAUUUCAACAGAGCCCCCUUUAAAACAGUCAGGUAAUGUUUGUUGUGGACCAAUAGAGGUCUGUGUAUUUUCUCUUGAACCAGAAACAUCAAAUAAUUCCUAACAUGGAGAAAUGGAGCAAAAUUAAAGCAAGAUCCACAUUGGAAAUGAGCUCGUAGAAUAGGUAGCUGGUUAGGUUAGCAAGGGAUACUGUUAAAUGAUGGGUCUUGUUUUCUGCUUUAUAAUUAGCCAAAGGUUUUGGAUUUUAUUUUUAAGACUUAUUGGGGCCCAUCCCCUUUGACCUAAAUGUCUUACACGUUACUUAUUAAUACAUCAACUGCAUUGCUAAUCGCAUCCAGUUCUGUGGGAUGUGCUACAGCGUUUCUCAGAAAACCUCACCUGUAACUGAAAAAUGAAUGCACUUAGACCUUUUUACUUAGGGCACACCAACACUCCAUGGAUUUAAAUAUACAGAUAGCAUAAAGCAAGAGUGGGAAUGCAAAGCGUAACCUAAUUCUCUUUCCUAUAGAGAUUCUAUUUUAUUUAAAAUCUAUUUUUGCACUGGUUAGAAUCCUGCUGUUUUGACCAAGUACUUGUCUUGCAUGUCUGACCUUGCAGAAGCUGGGGUGGAUCGUAGCAUACUAAUUAAGAGAAUUAGAAGUACUUUGCAAAGCUUGCUGCUCCUCGUCUCAUUCUGAUCGCCUCUAUCAAGCAGCCCUGCCACCAGCUGGAGAGCAGAGUCUUUCAGCACAGGUGGAAUAAAAGCUCGGGAAGGCUGUGCCCAGAGGGAUGAGCAAAUAGGCAAAUGUUUCCAAACUACUUGAAGGUUUGAAAGAAACUUUCCAUGAAAAAAAAAAAAUCAAG